UUCUCUGGUCCUUGCUGUUCCACUCAGGUCUCCACAUGGCAGUAGGAUAACAUCUGUGCAGGUUUCCUUAUAGAGGCUGUAGGUGGAGGUUUGGCCACAGCUUUCUGUGGGGAUCUUCAGGGGGAGUGGUCUUCUUCAGGUGGCUGAAGGUGGAGGUUUGACCGCAGUGAUCUGUCAGAGGGCAUGGCGUAUAUAGAGGAUAAGAAAUAUAUCCACAGAGACCUGAGAGCAGCCAAUGUCCUGGUGUCAGAGAGUCUGCUCUGCAAAAUCGCUGACUUUGGACUGGCAAGAGUUAUAGAGGACGACGAAUACUCUGCCAGAGAGGGAGCCAAAUUCCCCAUCAAGUGGACGGCUCCAGAGGCCAUCAACUACGGAUCCUUCACCAUCAAGUCAGACAUCUGGUCCUUCGGAGUUCUGCUCUAUGAGAUUAUAACAUACGGGAAAUGCCCCUACCCAGGUAUGACCAAAGGAGAGGUGAUUUCCUCGGUGCAGCGCGGCUACAGGAUGCCUCAGCCUGACAGCUGUCCUGACGAGCUCUACGCCAUCAUGACGUCCUGCUGGAAGCACAAACCUGAAGACAGGCCCACCUUCGAGUACCUGCAGAGUGUCCUGGACGACUUCUACACCGCCACAGAGGGACAAUACCAGCAACAACCAUAGAGAGGGACACUUUCAGCCAGAAAUUAUAUUUGGAGCUGCUUUGGAUGUGUUGUUAUAGUUGUAAUAUUUUGUAUAUACCAG